GUUCAGAUAACCUUGAGCUUAACCAAAAGUUCAAAUUGACGUUAACCUACGUUGGCAGUUUUAACCUCGUAGAAUCGGUUGAUUGUUUGAAGCCAGAAUAGUGAUACUGGAUUAUUUAAGUGUGAUUCUUUAGAAAUGAACUGCGAAAGACAGUCUAAUCCGAAAAGUAAUACUCAUAACUUAUCAGGCCUGACACUCAGCUUGUCUCAAGCUUCGCUGCCUAUCGGUCCAACACUUGUUCCACAGAUUAGUUCACCUGUCAAGUCUGAAGAAUUAGCCUCAUUUGUUGGAGAAAAUGAAAAUCAAACAAAAGGACUUGUCUCAGGCUAUGGUGAAAGGUUUCCUGGUGUGAAUUUGAUGUCGUCAGAUAGUGGUCAUACGGAAGACACGAAGUCUCCCCCUCCUUCCAUACCCAAACCGUCGGGUUCUAUGACAGUCAAAUCGGGUCAACGACCUCGUUAUGUCUUACCACCAGAUAUCAGCACUGUUACUUCUAGAACUUCAACAGCAACAAACAUUUCCAAUAUGCCAUGCAAUGCAUUUCCACCUAUACCUCCAACUUCCGAACCGAAUCAAGUGUCUUACCUGUUAAUUCCAAGCAAUCCAUCAGAUGGUAUAAAAACUGCUUAUACUUCUUUACCAUCGGGAACAGACCAGGUUACACAAUCUUAUUCUCAAGUAGCUAAUCCAACAUCAAUAAUAUCGUCUUCCAUACCGACAGCCACAUAUCAUCCAGUUGGAGCGUAUUGGUUCUACUCUACAAUUGUUGACAAUAUAUCUAUAUGGUGGCCAUUCUCACGUCAUGAUUCUUAUCAAAUCGAAACAGAAUUCUUUCGUUCUUAUUGUUUAUCAUCUACAUCAAAUGCUUUGCCAAUAUCUAAUGAUGAUUUGUCUUAUACAUCUGGAGCGAAUGAAACUCAAGAAAUAAUUGUUCAAGUUGAUGGUGGUCGGUAUGAUGUUUACGUGAAGAAAAGGGAACGACGAUCAGUUUACUGGGAAGAACAGCCAAGUGAGGUUCGAAGAGCUACAUGGUUUUAUAAACCUCAGGGUGAAUCACGUGUAUUGCCUUUUUCCGAGCGAAUAUGUGAUCUAUUGGAAGCUCAGUAUAAACUGAGUGUAGAACAAGGUCAAUGGGGUAAACGUUUUGAGCUGCCAUCAGAAGAUAGACGUGGUGGUAAUGAUGUAUUUAUUUUCUAUAGUCCACAAUCAAUGAUACAGUAUUUAGCAUGGCCUUAUGACUUUACUUCAACUAAUUCAGAGAGUCGUGUUGUCGCCAGCUCUUCUUCACCCUUAUUUCAAUUAAAUCAAAGUCAGUUAUCACAAGAGGUGAAUUUAACCGGUCAAGUAUUUGAAGGCCGUCUUUGUCACAUACAUCGUGGUUUAACUGAACACUUAAUGGAGCAGAUUGAUGAAGGUGAUUAUAAGCCAAUCGAUCAAUUAUUUUUUAUUGUACACGGUAUUGGUUCAAUGUACAAUUUAAAAGGACAAGGUUUAAUUGAAUGUGUCAAUGAUAUGAGGCGUACAGCAAAACAGUUGAGUCAAUCACACUUUCCACAUCAUCCAUAUCGUGUAGAAUUUUUGCCUAUUCUAUGGCAUGAUGAAUUGCACUCAGAUACUGUAACUGGGUUAGAUAAACAGUUGGAACAAAUCACACUGGGUAGUAUACCGAAACUACGACAGUUUACAAAUGAUACACUGAUGGAUAUAUUGUUUUACACAAGCUCUAAAUACUCGCAGCUGAUUGUUAAUACAGUGGCAAGGGAGAUUACACGAUUACGCAAUCUGUUUCUGUUGCGUAACCCGAAAUUCUCGGGUAAUAUAUCUAUUAUUGGUCAUAGUUUAGGUGCUGUUAUAUCAUUCGAUUUAUUAUGUCAUCAAAAUAUUUACAAUCCAUCGUGUACUGCAACAGCCGGUCAAUUAUCAUCAAAUUCAUUAUCUGAAACAUACGAUAGUACUGUGGAUAGUAAUGUUGUCACUACACAUAGCACCGAUACACAGUCUACAACAAUGGGUGAGGUAGAUUAUGUCGAUGAAUUACUUAAUGACGUGUUAGUUAAAGCCAACCUGACAACAGGUAUAACUUCAUCCACCUCUGGAACAACAUAUACUACUACUACCAGCACUAGUGGUAGUAGUACUAAAACUACAGAUAUUUUCAUUACUUCCAGUAACAGUAGUAAUAAUUCAAGCAAUGUUAACAAUUCUACAGCUGUUUUCUCAAUGUUGUCAACUUGUCCAGUGAAAGAUGAUAAUACAUUCACAUUAAAUACACCAAUAAAUGAAGAGAAUAAAAGUGAACAUAGCAGUACAUCUGGUCAAAAUGAUAUGGAUGGAUGGUCUAUAGUUGACUAUAAUCAAAAUAAUAAUAGUAGCAAAGGUCAUACUAAAAGAAAGAUAAACAGUGACAUUGAUUCUGCUAAAUGCCAGUUGGAUUCAAUGUUAAAUUUAUCAUCAAAUAACGCUGAUAAUAAUCUCAGCCAUCUGAGUCAGUUAUUACUACAGAAUGGAUUAAAUGUUGACCAAAUACACAAUAUUAUACAUUCAUUGAUUAAAUUGGAUAAAACUAAUAAGAAUAAAACAAUAACAACAACAGAUGAGAAUUCAUCUACAAUUACGUCAUCAAAUGAUCUAGCUUGUCAGCUAUCAACGACAAAUAUAACUGAUGUCGGUGCUAUCUCGCCACAUUCAACACUGACAUCAUUUUGGUUAGAGAACCAUCGUUUCUGUUUAAGCCAAGCCAAUAAUAAUAGUAAUGCAAAUUAUGUUACGGCUGGAUUUGGUAUUGCUUUACCGAAUUAUCCACAAUUAGGCUUUAAUAUUUCUGGUUUGUAUACACUUGGUUCACCGAUACCAUUGUUUUUAACUGCACGUGGGAUAAGAACAUUGAGCAGAGAAUUUCGUCUACCUACAUGUUCAACAUUUUAUAAUAUAUUUCAUCCAUUCGACCCAGUUGCUUAUCGGAUGGAAAUGUUAAUUGAUUCAGAGUUUCAACAAAAAGCUAUUCUUAUCCCUCAUCAUAAAGGUCGUAAACGUAUACACUUACAAUUGAAAGAUAAUUUGGCCUGGGUUGGUUCUGAGUUAAAAAGUAAGCUAUACAGUUCAGUUCAGUCAACUUGGCGUAGUCUACAUGAAUUUGCUUUGGCUCAUAGGUAGGUAACUACAAUUUUUAGAAUAGUAAAAUUCUGUAUAUUGCAUAAUAAUUUGCUAAUCCUCUUUUUAUUGCUGUUGUUGUUUAAUUAAUCUCCGUGUGAUCUAGUAUGUUUUGUGUCAUCCUAUAAUUAUAAGCUUGAAAACCCAUCCUGUUCAUAGCAAAAUGUCGAGGUGUAGUUGUGGUUUUUGGCGAAAGGAAGGAAGGAAGAUCAUGACAGUGGAUGUUUACCAACAUUUUCUAACGUAUUGUAUGAGUCUGGCUUUUUCAAUAGUAUCGAAGACAAAAUCGACUAAUAGAAAUAACAGAAUUACUGUUUCCGAAAAUAAAUAUCAAUAGUUGGUCUGCAUAUUUAGUGCCAACAAGGUCUAAGUAUUUGAAACAGUGAAUUUUCUAUCUAGGAAACAAACUUGAUUUUCAACCGAUAUCCACUCAUACUGUCGGUUUUUAUGCGCAAUAGGUUAAGUUUAAUUUUCUAGUAUAAGUAACCUUUUUAAACUUUAUUAUUUGGACUGACUUUUCAAAGUUAAACUUUGCACAAAAGUGCAGCAGUUUAAGUUCUCACACUCUAUAUAGCACACUAAAAUUCAAAGGGACCAUAAUUAGGAGGAAUGUACGGGUGAAAUAUGGGGGCUUAAUGAAUAUGGGACAUUAUAUUUGCACUAUCAUAAACGAUUUUGAACCAUAUCACUAACAUUCUCUAGCCAUUAAUUCUUAGAGUCUCGAGGACCGAAACCAAGCAUUGUUCGUGGUCGGCUCAACCUAACAUCUGAAGACUUCAUGGAUUGGUGCAAAGUCAUGAUUUGACCAAACAACUUAAUUCUAUACCAGCUAUCAUUGCUCGACGGGGAAGGCGAUGACUUGGCAUUUGUGACGCAUUUCUCAGUCGUCGCAACUUCACAAUCUGAUCCAUAAGGUAUUGUCUGUUGGUUUGACCAGCAUAGUAAAGUAUAGACUCCUAGGCUAAGGUGGUCGAGACGUUAAGAACCAAUGGCUAAAGAUUAUUAGUGAUGUAACUCAAUUUAAAGUGUUACAGUUUACAAGUCUACAAAAUGACAAAGGGAAUGAACAGGAUAGUAUGAUAUUAAAUGAAAAUAAUUUUGUAAACGGAUGGAACAAUUCAACAAAAGGAGGAAUUCUGAAUAAUUCGACCACGUUGAAGAGUGAAUAUGCUUUCUUCAAUAUAAAUGACAUAACACAUAACAGGUGAGUGAGAAUUCAUGUCACAGUACUUGUAGUUUUGUUCAGGAGACGCAGAACACCCUGGGCUUUAUCAAUAUCAAUAUUAUUAGUGGUUUAAUAGGAAAUCGUAAAAAGUGGUUACUUUUUUCAUAUCUACCUGUUGUGUAUAUAUACAGAUUUAUUGGUGCAUCAAGUGAAUCGUCCACUGGUGAUUGUUACCCGCCUAGAUCUGAGUCGUCUAUUGCAUAUGGUGAUAGUUUACGCAGUGGGGUUGGUGAUGAAGUUGAUGGUGAGUCAGAAGAUUCAGGUGCUUGUGAAGAUGGCUCAACUACUUAUCGUAAUUUAAUUGAUGAAGAUGUAACUUUUAAUAGUCAACUUAAUCAAGGCAGACGUAUGGAUUAUGUCUUGCAGGAAGCUCCAUUAGAAAGUUUCAAUGAAUAUCUCUUUGCACUGACAAGUCAUGCAGCUUACUGGGAUUCAAUAGAUACUGUAUUAUUCAUACUAACCGAAGCCUAUUCUGAACAGGGUAUAGUGCCUAUAAUGCCCGGUCAGAAGGAUAUCCCUCAAAAUACAAUUCGUGUAGGAGCAUUGUCUCCUCCACCCCCACCCCCUCCCCCUGCUUCUACGCGGUCAUCGCCUCCUGUUCAUUCGACUGCUGCAUCAGCUGUAUGCAGAAAUAUAAGUCCUGAUGAAAUACCUUCGCCUUCACAGUUUGAUCAUAUAGCACCGCCGAAUACCUUCAAUCAAAAUAAUGCUGCAAUGUUGACAAGUGCUGCGGAAACUAUCAGCACUGAUAAUCUUUCAUGCAUUGCUAAGAAUCCAGCACAAAUAUCAGCAUCAUAUUUCUUGCCAUCCUCAGUCACCACCACCACUGCUGCUGCUGCCGAUACUACUACCGUAGCUGUUAGUGGGGUUCCUAGCAGUUCUUACUUCCAACCACCAGUCGGACAUCAGCAUCUCUCUACAGAUUCUCUAUCAUCAAUUGAUAAUUCAACUCAAAGGUAUUCCGCUUCACAAGCAUACAGUUGCAAUCCUCCGGAAUACUUGAAUAAAAGUGGCAAUUCAACCCAAGUACUCCGACAGUACCCGAGUGUUCCACCCUAUGCUCAUCGUAAACCAACUUCAAUGGUCUAUCCACCUGCUACUUCUCCUCCUAAUCUCAGUUUUAAUCCAACUACAAUGCAAUGUCCUGCAGUAGUGCCAACAACUGGAAUAGUAUAUCAUCCGACAUCCUCUGGGCAACUGGUAGCCUCUGGUACUUGUGAUACAACGUACACUCCUUGUACAAAUAUUUCUGGUUUGGGAGGUACAAAUUUACAAUCAACAGCGUAUCCUGCAGCAACGAGUGUACCAUCUUUUCAAAUGCCACCACUACCUCCACCACCACCUCAUGGACUUUUACAGCCACCGUCUUUUGGUCACCCUCAUUAUUCUCAUUAACUUUAUUGAAGUUUCACAAUAUGAACUGAUGCUGUUUUUUUGAAUGGUCGAUAUUUUUUGGAUAAUAUCUAAUAUUAAGUGAAGUUUUUUUUGUAAGAUUCUUUGUGAUUUUGGUGUAAAAUUAAAAGUCCUUUGAUGUAACCCUUUAAGCAAACAAAAUCAUCAGAUUUAUACUUUUUUUCGUCUUAUUUUUGCUUCCUCAUUAAUCAGUAUUUAAAACUGUGAUCUAUUAUUUUUUUCUUGUUGACUUGACUUUAACUCUUCACUGCUUCUUUUGUUGUUGAUAUUGUUGUUGUUAGCUUAACACACAUAUAAGUGAAUGAAAGUCAGAAACAACAACACAUAGUUCAUUUCUAAUUUUAUAGUAACUUAUUUUUGUACUUAUUCGCUU